AUGUUUGGAGCGUUCAGACCUACGAACGUGUUAUCUGGAGGUCUUCUAUGGAAGAUCCCAUGGCGGCUCUCCAAAUUCCAGAAAGCGCGACAACGCAAGCGGUUACGGGCUGUCGAUAGUGUGGUAGCGGUCGUAGAUAGAGCUUUGUCGAAGCAGGGGAUUACCACGAAGGCCGUGGAGAGGUGGAAGGAGGAGAUGCCGGUUGAGCAGGAGAUGGUUCCGAAGGACAAGUACACGAUUUUUGAUAGGAAGGAGAAGAAGUAUAGGAAGAGCAUACGCAAGCUGCCGAAGUGGACGAGAGUCUCCCAACGAGUCAAUCCUCCUGGAUACUGA